AUGGUACAGUUCGGCUCAGUACGGGACGGCACGGGACGGGACAGCACGGUGAUGGUACAGUUUGGGAGAGCCAGGAAAAGAAAAAGCGCCUUCGGGAGCGGAGCAGAGCUCCGGGAAGCGGCUCUGCACCUUCUGGAUCAGCACCAGAACCUGACCGACCUCCUCCUGGAGGUGGAAGAAUCAGCCAAGCCAGAUGGACAGGGUGGUGCAGAACUCCAGGAAGUAUCCUCAGAAUCAUUUAUAGUCUCUGUCCUGCAGGAACAGGCCUCCAGGCUGGGGGUGCCCACAGCAGCCCUGGCAGCCAAAAACGCUGUCACCAGCAUCGAGCGGAUCUGCCGGGCUCACACCAGCCCCUCCCAGCUCCCACUGCUGGGCCUGGACCAGAGGAAGAGCUUGUCUCGCUUGCUCCAAACACUGAAGGAUUUGCUGGCAAACAACGUGUUCAGUCGCUCACUCUUCUGUCAAGAGCUGUGGAAAAUGAAGGACCCUCCGGUGCUGGAAGUCGCGUGGCACCUGCACAGAGGAGACAUCCUGGGGCUGGCAGAGCUGCUGGAGAGGCAAGCUUUGCCCCCCCCCCGAGAAGACUUGGCGGUCGUGUUUGUUCAGAAUGGCUUCCAGCAGACCUCAGAGCUGGGAAGGAAGCUGGAAUUCAAGAAGGUUCCCCAUAUCUGCCAUGCUGUCUUACAGAGGAUGCUGACAUGGGUGCUUGAUGCUGUUGGUAAAGAGAAGCAGGAAGAUGUUUCCACCUUGCAAGCGAUGAGGUUCUGGCUCAACGUGUUCAAUGUGUCAGGGUACAGAGGGGCAGUUCAUCCGGAUUCCUUGCAGCAGUUUUUCCGACACACCCUGACUGAGGUUCUCACCUACAACCCCUCGUGGAAAGUGUCUGAUGCCAUCUGCAUGCAGAAGGAGUGGAGCUUCACCAGGACCUGUUCACUGCUCACCACCUUGUAUCGGAAACUCUUUGUGGCCUUCAGUACAAAGGAGUGUGUCUGCCUGCUGCAGCAGGUCCUGGAGACCCGGGAGGUGAACUGGCAGCACGUCCUGUCCUGUGUCUCCGCGCUGGCCGUGUGUCGGGCUGAGGCCGAGCAGCUCUUCAGGGAUCUCCUGAGCCAUCUCCUGACAAAGGCCUUUGAGAACUAUGACAUGGAGAAUCUGAUCACUGCCUUCCUGAUCGCACGCCAGGCUGCUCUGGAGGGCCCUGCUGUCUUCAUGCCUUACUCUGAGUGGUUUAAGGCUUCCUUUGGGAAUGCUGGAGGCCACCACGGGAGCAGUAAGAAAGCUCUGGUCUUCCUCUUCGAGUUCUUGUCAGAGCUGGUGCCCUUUGAAGCAGCACCCUACUUGAAGGUCCAUAUCAUGUACCCGCCUUUUGUGCCCACAAAACACCGGCCCAUUCUCCUGGAGUACAUCACCCUGGCUAAAACCAGACUGGCUGACCUCAAGGUUGCUAUAGAGGAUAUGGGGCUCUAUGAAGACUUGUCCACCACAGAUGAGUCUGUGCAGCCCCAGGCCCAGGCGCUUCGCGACGUCGAGAAAGCCCUUCAGAUAUUUGAAAGCACGAGGAAGAUCCCAACGUCUGUGAUAGAAGCCAGCAUUUUCAGGCGACCAUACUACACUUCCUGGUUUCUUCCUGCUUUGCUGAGGCCACGGGUGCUCCCCAGAGCCCCCGACGUGCGCGUGGCCUUCAUAGAUUCCUUGAAGAGAGCUGAUAAAAUCCCCUCAAACUUGUACUCCACGUACGUGCAGGCCUGUCGUGCUGCCAAAGAGAAAAGGUUGCAAGAUGAAUGCAAAGAGGAGAGCAGCCCUUCCAGAGAGCCUGUUGAGCAGCUGAGGGCUGAGCUGGCUGUGCUGAGGACACUGGUUGUGGACCAAGCUAAAUAUGAAGAUGUGCCAGCACAGGUUGCAGUGAUUUCCCACACACUGGGCAGUGUCUGUGCCUGGGACAGCCAUGAGGACCAAACUGCUGCAGCCACUUCUCCCAUCCAAGUCAAUGUCUCUGCCCCCAGGCUGGAGCCCUGCCAGCAGAGUGUUGUUGACCUUCUCCUGACAUCGUUCUGCCAACACCUUGUGGCUGCUUCCUAUUUCAACCCCCCCAACAGGCAGGGACCGUGUCUCUCCUUGUUUGUCAAGAUGAUGUGUGGACACAGGAAUCUCCUGCCUGCCCUUCUGGGCAGGCUCUGCCAGCUUAUUUAUCAUCAGGGCCCUUCCCUGAAUGAUGCUCAUAUUUUAGGACUAGCAGCUUUUGUGAUCCACUUAGGUGAAUCCAGAGCUUUAAUUCCUGCAGUGGAAGCCAAUUUUGGGCUUUCUCAGCCUGUUCCUGAAAAGGUCCUUUCUGUUUCUGAGUUCUGGAACUUGUUGCUCACCUGCAGGACAGCAGAGUCCUUCACCUUCUGCCUGAGGUUUUGCACUGCAGCAGCAUCUUACCUUAUGUGCAAGUUUUCAUCCUAUUCCCAUGAAGAUCUGUGUGCCUUACUGCCUCCCAGCCUGGUUAAAAAGCUGCAGUACCUGGUGCCACGGCUGUGCCUGGAGGCUCGGGGAGCCCUCUGGGAGGAGGGUCCAGCUGAGCUGCUCUGGAGCUCCCUGUCCUGCCCCCCUCGGGACUACAGAAGAGCCAGCCUCUCUCUGUGGCAGCAAGCAGGCUUUCAGGAGCUGCUGAAGGAAAAAGCCUUCCAGUUGUCUUUAAGGGAGUGGCUGCUGCUGGAGCUGGAAGUGUCCCCUGAAAAGGAUAUUCUCUCUGCCUCAGAAAGACAGGAUUUCCACUACUGGGCCAUCUAUCAGCGGUACCUUCCUGCACCUUCUGCUUCUGGUGGCUGCGAUGGGGACCUGCAGCAGGCCUGUGGCAUCCUCAUCAACACCCUUCUGGAUUCCUCACAGAGGCUGGAGCUGGGCAGCCGUGGCCGCUGGGAGGUGUCGGUCAGUCCUGACAUCCUCUGCAAGCUGCAGGAGAUGGUGCUGGAGCUGGGCUGCAGGCAGAAGCUGCUUUCUGGCAGCUCGGAUGCCCAGAGACAUUACCUGUUUGAGAUUCUCCAGGAAAGGCUGAGGAAUGGAGAACAGGGCUCUGCUUUGGGCCAGCAGCUGUGGAGGCAGCAGGAGCUGCUGCUGCACAGAAGGAUCCUGGUCGGGCUGCCUGCAUCCACUCUGAUCAUGACUUGUCAAAAAGGAAGGAAAACCAUGUUGGACUGUGAAGACUUCUUUAAUUUUGUAAACUCAGAGCUGCAGCACGUGUGUCCCCGCGGGUACGCGCUGCCCUACGACAUCACCGCUCACUUCUUCAGGGGCCUGCUUCAUGCCAGCCUGGACUGUGAGGAGCCAGCAGAAGGGGUCGGUGAGGUUCUCACGGCGUGUCGGAGCAGAUGCCCCACUCUGCUGCUCUCUGCCGUGCUUUGGUGGCCAAGUCUGGAGCCAGUACUUUGCUCCCAGUGGAAGAGACUCUUUGGGGAUCCACUGGCAGAAGAGCUGCAGAGGCUGAGGGAGUGGCAGAGCUCAGCUGCCAGCUUCCUUUCUUCAGGAGCAGUUUUCCCCCUCUCUGGCCCUCCUUGGAUUUCAGCUGCCUUCCUCCAUUGUGCUGUUCAACAGCAGUCACAGCGUGGACAAGGGAGCAGAGCUCUGAAGAGGCUGGGAACUGGCACAGAGCAGCUUCUUGUUUCGCUGCUGUUCUUCUCACUCUUGGAUCUCAUCUCAGCAAAAAUAGCACCACAGGAAGGAGUGGAUUUUCAGGCAUCUCUGGAAUGGUCCCUGGAGAUCUUGCGAUGCCUGGAAGAGAGAAGCAUAUCCUGGCCACUUCUCUUCCACUCAGCAGGGAAAGACCCCGGGCACUACGUCGUCCUGCGCAGCGCGGCCUCGGCCCGGCACAGCCGGCUCCUGCCUCUUGCCUUCUACAGCCUCACCCCUUGCUUCCACCAUGACCUGCUAACCCGGGAACCCACCUUCCUCCACCUGGCGCUUGACCUGUACAUCCAGCUGCUGCAGCUCUUUGUGGAAGGGCAGGACCUGCCCCAGCCUGACCCUGCUGGGCAAAGUCCAGACCCUGCAGAGCAUGAUCCCUUGCAGCUGAUCUCCAGCGCCCGGCGCUUCCUGCUGGCUGCCAUCCCACGCUGCCCUGCCCAGAGCUUUGCAAACAUACGACCACUACUGGCCACCUGUGAAGAGCUUGACCCAGAGCUGGGAGCCACCCUCCUGCACUUCUCAAGACCUGCCACGGCCAUGGAGCUGGAUGAAGAGCUGGUCCUGUUCGACUGA